UUGAGAUGUUGGUACAUGGCACGAUCAAAAUUUCCGUGCCGCCUAGUAAAAUUAGGUAAGAAAGCGACUUGGAAAUUUCAGACCAAACCAAACCAAACAAUUACGCGUGUGUGAUAAUUUUCUUUCAAUUUUAGCAAGAAAAAUGUGAAGGCCGUUUUUAGUUCUGCUCCUAUAUAAAACCAAACACACAUAUAUAGUUGAUCACCAUUUAGAGAGAGUUUAGGUAGUAUGGAUUGGUUUGCAAAAUUGCCCGAGGGCUGCAUAUCAGAGAUUCUGUCACACACUUCAGCUUUGGAUGCUUCGAGAUCAUCGGUUGUGUCGAAAGAGCUCAAUUCUGUAGCACAAAACGACCUCGUUUGGGACAGAUUCUUGCCGCUUGAUUACCAAGAUAUCAUCUCCAAAGCAGUUUCUCCUCUCAAAUACGCCACCAAGAAAGACCUCUAUUUCACCCUCUCCCACUUCCCUAUCCUCAUUCAUCAACCCAAAAUGAGCUUUUCCAUCGACAAAACAAGUGGAAGAAAGUGUUUCAUGGUUGGAGCAAGGGAGCUUAUGAUUUCUUGGAAAGGCUGUUGGGAUUUCAUGCCAAACCCAAUGUCCAGAUUCUCAGAAGUGGCAAAGCUAAGAUCCAUAGGAUGGAUUCACAUUCAAGGCAAGAUAAAAACUGAAAUCCUGUCGAAAAACACAAGCUAUGCAGCGUAUUUAGUGUUUUGGCUAGAAAGCAAGGAAGGCCUAAGAUCAUCAAACACAGUAAUAAGGUUAAUUCAGAAUGAUAAAUCGAAGAGUAAUGGUAGCAAAAAAGAGCGUAUUGAAUCGAGAGAAACUGGGAAAAUAGGAAACAUGAGAGGAGAUGGAUGGUUGGAGAUAGAAAUGGGAAGGUUCUACAACGGCAACGGCGACGACGACGGCGGUGAGGUGGAGGCGUGGCUCACCGAGAUCAAUAGCCCCUACGACAAGUCCGGAUUUAUAGUCGAAGGUAUUGAGUUCCGACCUUUAUAGAAAUAGAAUGGUCAAAGAGCAAUACAAGUGUGGUGCUGCUACAUGAAAAUGGGAGACUUAAGUCUCCAUCAUUAUUUGAAUUUCCCAUGUGAUUAAAUGUUUCUUUGUGGCAAUUCUCCCUCAAAAUCUUGUUGUAAUUAUAUGUAGCAAAAUUUACUCAUGUUGAAAUUAUUGUUCAAAUUAACAA